AUGCCUACAGGCCGUGCUGUAUUUUUAUUGCGACGUUUGUCGACAGGUGAUAAUCGAUUAAAAAAUAUAAACUUCAAUCAAAACACGUCAAAGGAUACAUUACUGUCUCACCCGGUUUGUAUACAUCGUGAUUUGGCUUACAAUAAAAGAAUCUCUGGAUUUGGUCACAAUAAUAUUAACCCAACGCUCACAAGAAGUUACAGUGAUAACAUAAUAAAAAUGGCUUCUUCGGAAUCAAGUGCAGCUCCUAAGAAGCACACAAAUAAAUUAGUGAAUGAGAAAUCUCCAUACUUGCUGCAACAUGCUCAUAACCCUGUCGAUUGGUAUCCGUGGUGCCAGGAAGCAAUUGAUAGAGCAAAACAAGAAAAUAAACUCAUAUUUUUAUCCGUGGGUUAUUCAACAUGCCAUUGGUGUCAUGUUAUGGAGAGAGAGUCUUUUGAAAGUGAAGAUGUUGCGAAGAUAAUGAAUGAACAUUUCAUCAAUAUCAAAGUAGACCGUGAAGAACGGCCUGAUUUAGAUCGUGUGUACAUGCUCUUUGUUAUGGCGACUACUGGUGGUGGAGGUUGGCCUAUGUCUGUUUUUCUAACACCAGAUCUACGUCCAGUAACUGGCGGCACUUACUUCCCUCCUGAAGAUAGGUGGGGACGGCCAGGAUUCAAAACAAUCUUGCUCUCAUUAGCUAAGAAAUGGAAAGAAAAUCAAACCCAAUUCUUAGAAGCCAGCAUCAACAUAAUGGAUGCUUUACAAAACAUUUCGAAUGUUCAAGUCGAAACGAAUUCGGUGCCUGGUGAGGCGACUUGGAAUAAAUGCGUUAGACGUUACAUAACUAACUUUGAACCUCAUUUCGGUGGAUUUGGAACAGCACCAAAAUUUCCUCAAGCCUCAAUAUUUAACUUCUUGUUCCAUUUCUAUGCACGUGAUAAACAAAAUCCGGAAGGCAAGCGAUGUCUAGAAAUGUGCUUGCAUACUCUGACUAAGAUAUCAAAGGGCGGUAUCCACGAUCACGUGGCGAGUGGUUUCGCUCGUUAUUCUGUUGACAAUGAUUGGCACGUGCCGCACUUUGAGAAGAUGUUGUACGAUCAAGCACAGCUAAUGGUCGCCUAUACUGAUGCAUAUCUCGCGACGAAAGAGGAAUUUUAUGCUGACGUCGUACGGGAUAUUGUAAAGUAUAUAAAUAGAGAUUUAAGACAUGACUUGGGUGGUUAUUAUAGUGCGGAGGAUGCAGAUUCCUAUCCAGUUUUCGGGGCCAAUGAAAAAAAAGAAGGCGCUUUCUGUGUUUGGGAGUAUGAUGAAAUCAAAUCGCUCAUUGGAGAUAAACAAAUUGGUAAAGUCUCAUAUUUGGAUGUUUUCUGUGAUUAUUUCAAUGUAGAGGAAUCGGGUAAUGUGUCCCCUGAAAGCGAUCCGCACGGAGAACUGACGAAUAAAAAUGUUUUAAUCAUUUAUGGAUCGAAGGAAGAAACCGCUAGUAAAUUUGAGAUCACGAAAGAUCAGCUGAAACAAGUCCUGAACGAAUGUAUUGACAUUUUGUAUGAAGCUCGUUCAAAAAGACCUCGACCACAUCUUGAUACUAAAAUGUUGUGUUCUUGGAAUGGUCUUGCAAUAUCUGGCCUAGCACAAGCAGGACAAGGUUUAGGAGAGAAAAUGUUCGUUGAAGACGCCAUAAAAGCUGCUAACUUUAUCAAAGAACAUUUGUAUGAUCAAGAAAAUAAAACUCUCCUUCAUUCAUGUUACAAAGCAGAAGACGGCAAUAUUACACAAACAAACCCACCUAUAAAAGGAUUUUUGGACGAUUACGCGUUUUUAAUUAAGGGUCUGCUCGAUUUGUACGAGGCGUCUCUAGACUUGCACUGGUUGAACUGGGCGCGUGAACUACAAGAGAAACAAAACGAAUUAUUUUGGGAUUCAGUUAACGGUGGUUAUUACACUUGCUCCACCGAGGAUACUUCUGUUGUUUUGAGAUUAAAAGAAGACCAAGAUGGCGCAGAGCCUUCAGGUAACAGUGUGUCCUGUCAUAAUCUUCAGCGCUUGGCGGCGUAUGCUGAUAAGAGUUCGGCGGUGGAGGGGGGCGAUAAAGAAAGGGAUAUGGCCAAAAAAGUCUUGUUAGCAUUUGCGAAACGACUGAAUGACUCUCCUACUGCGUUACCGGAGAUGAUGUCGGCUCUUAUGUUCUUUACUGACUCACCAACUCAGGUGUUAAUAUCAGGUGGUUGUUCUGAUCCUCGCACCCUGGCGCUAGUCCGCGCGGUUCGUUCCCGUUUACUUCCAGGUCGAGUGCUGGCUGUCGCUGAUCCCAAGGAUUCGCCAGCUGGUAUGUCGGACAUACUAUUGAGUCGUAUCCGUAGUACUGGUGAAGCUCCUACGGCGUACGUGUGUCGUCGGUACGCUUGUUCGUUGCCCGUCACUAGUGUACAACAACUGGAAACACUUCUCGAUGAACCUUAG